CAGCAGCUUCACCUGACACCAGGACCUUCUCUGGAAAAGCAGACUCACCUCCAUCACUCAACCAUGGCUUACUGUGGACCAUCCUGUGCCGUCCCAUCCUGUGCUUCCAGCCCAGUUGUUGGGUUUGGAUCAGCAGGUCUUGGAGCAGCAGGGAUUGGCUCUGGCUCCUUUGGUGGCAUUGGCUAUGGCUCCGGUGCUCUGGUCGGUCCCGGUGUGCCUUCUGCCAGUCUCGGUGUGCUCUCCGGAGUCAACCCUUCCUGCAUCAACCAGAUCCCACCAGCAGAGCUCGUGAUCCAGCCACCUUCCGUCGUCGUGACCAUCCCAGGACCCAUCCUGUCUGCAAGCUGUGAGCCUGUAUCUGUUGGAGGCAACACCCCAUGUGCCCUUGGAGGUUAUGGCCAAGCUGGUCUCCUCGGUCAAAACCUCCAAGGUGGUCUCCAAGCUGGCUUCCUUGGUUCUAAUGUUUCACAGUUGGGUCAGGGGCGUUAUGGGCUCGUGGGCCGAAGAGGCAGCAUCUGCUAUACCCCCUGCUAAAUUCACAUGGACUCUCAACAA